AUGUCUCAUUCUCGCAAAACUUCCAAGACGACCGAAUUGCCUGUGCGCCCAAAAGAGCCAGACAUGGACACCGCUUCGGAGCCUGCUGCGGCGACAGAGAACAAUGUCACUGAUGACAAACCCGCCGACAACAAGCCUAGAAAGGAGAAGAAGCCAAAAGGCGACAAGCCCAUUGGCAAAGCAGAAGCGAAGACUCCAACAGCCAAUGCUGGCAAGGCAGGAGGCGGUAAGAAGAAGAAGACCGACGGCGCUGCUUUGAUCGGAAUCGGCGUGGAAAAGGAUGUCGACUUCUCGGAAUGGUACCAGCAGGUCUUGCUCAAGGGUAACAUGCUCGACUACUACGACAUCUCCGGCUGCUACAUCCUCAAGCCCGCUUCACAGUUCGUCUGGGACGAGGUCCGCGCAUAUUUCGAUGCCAAGAUCAAGAAGAUGGGCGUAAAGAACUGCUCGUUUCCUCUGUUCGUCUCGGAAGAUGUCCUCAACCGGGAGAAGGCUCAUAUCGAAGGGUUCGCGGCCGAGGUAGCCUGGGUCACCCACGGAGGCAGCACCAAACUCGAGAAGAAGAUCGCCAUCCGCCCAACCUCAGAAACAGUCAUGUACCCUACUAUGCCAAAUGGAUUCAGAGCUACCGUGACCUUCCUCUCAAACUCAACCAAAGCCGAAGCUGGCAAGGAAGUCCUCGAGAUCCUCGAUGAAUACGCCAAUGUCUACGAGAAGCUCCUCGCCGUCCCAGUCAUCAAAGGCCGCAAGACCGACAAAGAGCGUUUCGCUGGCGGCUACUACACCACUACCGUCGAGGGCUACAUCCCAACCACAGGCCGCGGCAUCCAAGGAGGCACAUCCCACUGUCUAGGCCAGAACUUUAGCAAGAUGUUCGGCAUCACCGUCCAAGACCCCAGCGCCAAAACCGACGAAGAGAAGAAAUCCGCAGAAAAGCUCUUUGUCUGGCAAAACUCAUGGGGUCUCUCCACCCGCGUCAUCGGCGUCAUGGUCAUGAUCCACGGCGACGACCGCGGUCUCGUCCUGCCACCCCGCGUCUCCGAGUACCAAGUCGUCAUCGUCCCUGUUGGCAUCACCGCCAAGACCACCGACGAAGAACGCGAGGCUCUCUACAAGGAAAUCAACGCCCUCGUCGAAGUUCUCCGUGCUGUCGACGUCCGCGUCCAAGCCGAUAUGCGCGACGGCUACUCCCCAGGCUACAAGUUCAACGACUGGGAACUCCAGGGCGUGCCACUCCAACUCAAGUUCGGUCCCGGCGAGUCAAAGGGCCACUUCGUCUCGACCUCCCGCCGCGACCUUCCCAAGGGCGAAGCCGAAGGCCAGAUCGCCAUCUCCGAACUCAACACCGCUGUCCCUGCCCUACUCGAACAGAUCCAAAAAGACCUCUACAACCGGGCCGACGAGAAAUUCAAGAGCCACGUCAAGAAGUUGACCAAUUGGGACGAAUUCGUUCCCGCCCUGAACGACAAGAAUGUGUGUUUGAUCCCGCACUGUCUAACGGAAGAGUGUGAAGACCAGAUCAAGAAGUUGAGUGCGCGGAAAGCGGAGGAGCAGAGUGGUGUGCCGCAAGACGAGAGAGCCCCGAGUAUGGGUGCCAAGAGUCUGUGUAUUCCGUUUGAGCAGCCGGAGGGGAUUGAGAAGGGGGUCACGGAGUGUGCAAAUCCGGAGUGCAAGAAUAAGGCGGAGGCGUGGUGUUUGUUUGGGCGGUCAUACUAG